UCUUCUCUGUGUUUUUCUCUCUUCGCUUCUUUCUCUGUGUUUUUCCUUUCUCUCUCUCUCUCUCCUACUUUUUUCUUCUCUUACUUUUCUCUCUUUCUCUUUCUCCAUCUUCUCCAUUUCUGUGUGUGUGUUUUUUUUUCUGUGAAAAAAAAUUAAAUAUUAUAAGAGAAAAAAAGAGUCAAUUGAUUAACAUUUUUAAUCUUUAAAUUUUGUGUGUAUUUGGAUCUUCAUCAUCUCAACAAUAACAUCAUCUCAUAUUCUUUUUAGUGUGACUGUGUGUGUGCAUCUUUUCCUCUCUCUCUCUCUCUCUCUCUAUUAUCACUUAUAAUUCUUCUUCUCUAUUUACACAACACUGGAUUACAUCAGAAUAUUUUUGUUAAUUCCUAUUCUCUUUUUAUUCUCUUCUGAGGUGGUAAUUAGUAACAAUCAUCUGUUCCUUUUUUCCAUCAUUGCCAUGUCAUUGCCAUGACAUCAGGAUCAAUACAAAGUACAUCCUCAAGCGUAUCUGCUUCACCACCACCAACAAGGACAACGACUCCACCAACAUCAGCCUCAAAAUCUGUGUUACCAACUGCCUCCUCAACCACAGCACCUUCAAGUGUUGCCACCAAUUUUGAUGAAGAUUAUAAUGAAUGGGAUUUGGGUAUUGGUGAUCUAAUAAUUGACUUGGAUGCAGACAUAGAGAAAAACAAUAGCCAACCCAACGGUUCUGCAUCUUCUUCGCCUUUAUCAGAAAUAUCAAGGCCAAUGGAAGCAAACACACCGAGUCAGCCUGAAGUGAGGCACAUGUCGACGUGUACUAGUGUAGGUACUGUAACUGAACCCGAUUGUCUUGGACCCUGCGAACCAGGUACCAGUGUUACCUUGGAAGGUAUUGUCUGGCAAGAAACCGAAGGAGGUGUCUUAGUUGUAAAUGUUACAUGGAGAGGUAAAACUUAUGUUGGUACUUUAUUGGACUGUACUAAACACGAUUGGGCUCCACCACGUUUCUGUGAAUCUCCGACAAGUGAUAUUGAAGCUAAAGCAAGUAAAAAUAGCAGAGCAAAACGAGGUAGAACUUCAGUUGACUUACGUAGUGUUCAAAGUAAAUUACGUAAUGGAAAAGGACGUAGAACAGCAAAUUCAAAUUUUACGGUACCCGCAAGUCCAGUAAAAUGUGAAGCACCAACAAGUGUAAAUGGUAAACGUAAAUCUCGACCAGACCUGGAAUUAAGUCCAGUCCCCGAAUCAGCUAAAAAUGGUAGUAAACGUAAUCGUUCCCAAUCUCGGAAUACUCCUACACCCAAUGUGUUUUCAAGUGAACCAACAACACCAACCUUGCAUGCACCUCCUCUGGCUUUAAUUGAAUGUCCAGAGCCAAAUUGUAGUAAAAAGUACAAGCAUAUCAAUGGAUUAAAAUAUCAUCAAACCCGUGCCCAUAGUGGUUUAAGUGAAUCAACAAAUAAAACUGAAACCGAUUCAACAGACCCCGAAUCAGUUAAAGAUUCAGUGUUGCCUUCGGAUAGUGAGGAAGCUACAACCGAAACUUCAAGUGUACCACCUAGUCCAUCGUCUAAAAAUGCACCCAAAAGUGGACCUACAACUAAUGAUAAUAAUAAUAGUGAGAGUACCACCAGUGACCCAAAAGAGGCAAAUCGGAAUAAUAAUAAUAGUUCAGAAAGUGCUAAUCAAGAGUCAUCGGUAACUUUUCAGCCUAUCUGUGAUCCUAAAACUGCCAAUACUUCAGCUGGAUCACCAAUGAGUGAUGAACUAAAUGAUACUCCAAUGGAUACAAGAUAUUCACCCUCUUCCUCAUCUCCCUCUCACGGAUCCACUGUAAUACCAACAACAUCACCAUCACCACCAACAACAACCACAACCACAGCAUCAACCAGCAACAAUACCUCAUCUACAACAACCUCUUCAGGACUUACAAGUUCUUCUACAUCUCAUACUACAAGUAGUACUCCUAGUGCCACAUUCCUAGUCCCAUCUUCGGGUUCGCAAGGUAACUUAUCAAAUACUGGCCCGUUAAAGCAUUUGCCAAGUAAACCAAUGUCAGUGGACUAUGUAAAUUCGCAGUCCGAUAAUGGUAAGAGAAAAAAAUCAAAACAUAAGAAAAAGAAAAAGGACAAAGAUCGUGAACGCGAUAGAGAUAAAGAUAAAAAAUCGAAGCACGAAGGCUCUUCUGAUGGAGUCCCUGGAAUCAAAGUAAAAGUUGUUGGUUACUCAUUGGAUACUUUGGGAACGAACGCUGAUUGUGCUGGCCAAUCAUCUAGUGAACAAGUACCAAUGGAUACAUCUCCGUCAGGAAAUUCAUGUGGAUCUCCUGUAGAUAAUUCAAAUUCUGAUGCGUGUAAUAUUGAAAAUGUUGGAAGCCCUGCUUAUUCAGACAUUUCUGAUGCCAACGAUACGGAAACUGAACUUAGCGUUAAACCCAGUGUUAAAACUGAAGAACCAGUAGCUUCAGUAAACACUUCCAGUUCUGAAAAUUCCACCAAAUCAGCUUCAAAUAAUUUUGGAAUUUAUCCAUUUUAUAAUCAAACUUCCUUCAUUCUUCCCGUAGGAUCAUCUCCUGGUGACAAAACUGCCGCAUCACAACCGCCAUACUCAGAAAAACAAAAUCAAGAUCCGUCACCUCAACCCCAAUCUACAUCAAAUCAACCACCUUCAUCAUCAAAUAAUUCAUCUCAUUCAUCUAAAUCUUCAUCAUCUUCGUCACCCUCUCCUCCAUCCGCAUCAACUUUAUCAACGCAGCCAUCAUCAUUAUCUUCAUCAUCAUCAUCCACAUCGUUAAUCUCUCAACCAACAUUGUUACCUUCUCAAUCAACAUCUAUUUCACAGCAAUCUUCUCAACCACAAAAUCGCAACCCAUCACCUCCACAAAUAACAAAUACACUUCAACAACCGCAAACACAACAAUCACAAUCAAAUCAGCAAUUAUUAUCAUCUGUAAGCUCUUCAGUGUCAUCUCAGCAAAGUGUCAACACAUCAGAUAUUAAGAAAAGUGAAAUAUCCCGAUCCUCUGGUCCAACCGAUCCAAGAAGACCCAGAGACACUGUAGAUUUAACCGAUAAAAAAAGAGAUGAUAAAUCUUCUUCCCGAAACAGUUUAACAUCAUCUUCUUCCUCUUCUUCCUCUCCGCCUAAUAAUUUAAAAGGAACCUUAACAAUCCCCUCAAAUAGCACCAAUCCUUCAAUGUCCACUGGUCAAGAAUAUGCACCACCCUCGAUGCAAGGAUCUUUCUCUUAUCCCUAUGGAUUCAUGCCUGGUGGUUAUCCAGGAUAUUCAAUGGAUCCCGCUUAUCACAUGCACUUAUUAGCAACAGAUCCACUUUAUAAGCAACAAUGUGAGAGAGCUACAGUUGAACAGGAGAGACUUUACAAGGAGCAGCAUAUGAAAUUAAUAGAAAAAGGUGACCAUCAAUUAAAAGAAGGAUCACAAUUAGGAACUAAUGAUAAAGGACAAUCAUCUCCUUCAAUUAUGGGACUUGAUUUAGCGACAAAAGCAUCAGGUUUAGGGACAAAUUCGGGAGACCUUAGGAUAACACCAACUUCCAAAGUUGAUACCAUGUUAAUAACCAAUAUUUCAUCAAAAGACAAGAUGGACUCUGAUAUUAGUAAUAGAGGAACCAUGUUAAAAGAUAAUCAUGAUAUAACAGUAGAACCUCAAUUAAUUAAAAGUAGUAAUAGUAAAGGUGGUCCAUUAGUGGGUCCAUCAAUGAUGGUCUCUACUUCUAACUAUCCUAAUUCACUUUACGAUCCGCUUUAUGAUAAAUCAAAAGAUGACAUAAAAAGGUUUUAUGUUGUCGACCAUUCAAAGAAUGAAGAUCCUUCGCCCAGGGUACCAUCUCUAUCAGGAUUAUCAUCAUCCCAUACCUCAAGUAGUGGUGGUAGUAAUUCUGGUCCACCCCCAUUGAAAAGAGAUGAUUCUCAUUUAAACCGUGAUAAUAAGAUGGAUUCAUCAAUGAAAUCAUCAUCCUCUUCCUCCUCCAUUUUGAAUAUACCACAAGGCAGUAAAAUUCCAAUGUCUGUCUCAAGUAAUUCUGUGAUGUCUUCUCUUUCAAACGCAAGUUCUUCAUCGAUAUCUAGUCCUAAGAAUGCAGCCCAUCAUCAUCAUCAACCACCUUCAUCAUCAACAAAUUCAUCUUUUAGUUCCUCUAAAGAGUCUUACUCUUCCUCUUCAUCAUCAUCCUCAAAGAAAGAUCAUCAUAAGUCAAACAAUGAUGAUAAUAAUAAGGAUAGAAAUAAACAUCAUCACCACCACCACCAUCAUCACCAUCAGCAACAGCAGCAGCAGCAGCAACAACAACAACAACAACAGAAUAAAAAUGAAGGUGUUAAACCAACAAUGGAGACAACUGGACCACCCCCACCUCCUACAAACAGUUAUUAUCUUUCAUCAGCUUACCUUCAACAUCCAUCAGCCCAUAGCCCAUUUGGUGCUCAUAUGCCCUUCGAUCCAAACCACCCUAUUUUCCGACCUGGAGCAAUGAAUCCACCCGUUAUGGGUCACCCUUACGGUGGACCACCUUACCUUCAUCCACAAUUAAGAUAUCAUCAUGGUCCACCAGGUUCAUCAUCUGGCUUGGAUAUUAGCCAUUUUCAUCUAAAUUAAUUUAUCAAGAUAAUAAUUUAAACCAGUGAUUGUAAUUAAUCAUUAUAAUGAAUUGAACGCAUCUUACGGACAACACACACACAAAACACUCACUCACACUCACACUCACAACUCAUCAAAUCUCUCUCUCUCUCUUUCCCUAUCUAUCUCUCACACACAAUCCCAUCAACAUAAAGAGUAAACAAAAAAAAAUUUUCUUUCCUUUUUUUUGCAUAAAAAAAUGAAAACAAAAAAUCAUGAAAAAAAAUCAAUCGGUGCCUCUUGCAUAAAUGUAAACUAUAUCAAUAAUACAAACUUAAUUAAAAAAAGUGAUUCUCAUCAUUUACAAUGAAAAACAACAACAA